GACCUUUGUCACAUUGAAUUUCUCUUCUCAAAAUCACAACGACCCUGGAUUUAUUUGAUCUUCAGCAAGCUGCGUUUGUUGCAAAUACCGGCGAAUCAAAUCUGAAUUAAACAAUUCAUCGAAAGCUUAAAUGUUACUGGCCUUUUCUCUUUGCGAUAGUGUUGCGCGCUUCCUAUGACGCGGACUAACGCGUUCUAUAUGGCUGGGGGUCAAGUGCUUUCUCUUUCUUUUUCGGUUGGACUGUAAUUUUUGUUCGAGAAACAAAACUACAAAUCGGUGCAAGGAGGUAUAUCUAUAAGCCUGACAAGAAAUCUGUUCUGGUGAAUGCAUGCCUUGAUGGCGAAGCGCAUGGUAUCACAUCACAGUCUACUCCUACAGCUCUCUUCACACGCCUAUUUUCGAGACCAAGCAGGUUUUCAAUUUCCGUUCUUAUCAUAAUUACACACUGGAGGCUGGUGAUCUCUCCAUUAGCUAAAGAGUUUCUAUGCUCAAAAACGACUGCUGCAGACAAGUCGAUGAACAGGAUAAAGGAUUGUGAAACUAUUCCUAAUACAUUGAAUGGGGAGCAACUAUUGCACCUUGCAUCAUUCAUAGUUAUCUUGCUGCGCUUAAGAAAUUCACUCAGGCACCGUUACCACUACGAACAUCACCCAUACUCAGCUUGCCACUUAGCUGAGUAAAGGAUUGAAGGUGGGUAGGUACUUCUUGAAGGAAUCAAUGCCGACCAAUCUCUACUAGUGACGAAAACAUUCCGCUCAACUCUUGCCAUAUUUCGAAGGCCUUGCCUUGUACGAAUCUCCUCCAUCGCACCGUCGAAGGAAGGGACUAGCUCAUAUUACUAGCCAUUGUCACUAAUCGGAUUCGGUGGCAGUGAUAUUAUCUGUUGAAAUCUCACCACAUAAUUUCUCCACAUUACUAUACGCUUAGUGGCCGUCCAGGUGGACAUCCGAUUUCCUUGGGAUAUAUGCUCAAUUUAGCGGCCGUUUCAUUGUUUGGAGAUGCUCCCACGUAAUCUUAUUCACCCAUCUCAAGAUCAGGCAACCCUCACAACUGUAUCCUAUAACAAACAUCAGCACUCUUGUCUAAUCAUGAGAACACUCCCGUGGAAGAGAAAAGGAGGGUCAAGUACAGUAACUCACCAGAAGAAAAGUAUUGCAUCAAUAGGCAGAUCUACAAAACGGUCUCGUGAUGAAGCUUCUCCUUCGGACAGCCAUGAGGGCUCCGAUCAUCCGCGCAAGCAGAUCCCCGAAAGUCGUAGUAUGCACCCUUAUAAGCAGCGUUUUGGAUAUCUUGCUAAUUUUAUAAAGGUCGGGAGCCAUCCACAUCUCCGCCACUAGAACCUCCGGUCGAAAGGUUCGUUAUAUACAUGGCAAAUUUCUCUUUAUGUUACUGACUAGGUUACUAGUUUCAUGAUAGAAGGUCGAGAGCAUGAUGAUGAAUAUCGCAUGGUUGAAGAUGAGCUUUUGACCGUCGCGAAGUCAUUCACAGUACAUCUACACACAGCUGAAUAUAAAAGGCUCGGGAAAAUAGCCAACACGCGGAAUGCCGACGCCAUCAAUUCCAUUUCAAGGCCGGUUGUCGGUAGAAUGCCUGAUGCAACUAGGCGUAAGACGGAAGAAGUUACAAGGUCGAACGAUCAGCGAAACAUUUUAGAGAAAUUGGUUGGUAAAAAGAAGGGGAGUUUCUGAUGAUAGCGAUGAAGAAGCUUUACCUUUCGUCGGAACUUCGCUUUAUGGUCUGAUGACAAGCCCGAGGAAACGGGGAGUAUCGCUCAUGAGCAUUUCUUCUCCUACCAAAACUACAAGAGCAGCUGCGGGAUUUCGCAACCCUACUAAAUUGAAAGAUGCACCACGUGCGUCUUCUCCAGCUAUCAAACGCAGGACUCAAGCUGUAAUACUAGAUCCAGACUCUACAGCUACCGAAGAUGAAAACGACGACCUUGACGGACCUAUUUCUGCUCCAAAAUUUUCGUCCUCUAGACCAGAUACUCGGAAAUAUUUCGUGUAUAAAAAGCCAAAUGCCAGUUCGCCGACAGAACCAAAAAUAGAAGUCUCUACUGCGGUACCGAGUUCAAAGAGAACUGGAACCCUCAGUGCCAACACGACUAAAUCUGCCAAAGCUCUGGAGGCCGGUUCGCCGUCUCAAUCGUCUACUACUCAAGAUAGGAUAGCAAGACGAAUUGCGCAAGCGAAACUUAGAAAGCAGCAGGAAGAGGAAGAGAAAAAGAAGCUUGACAUUAUACCUACGUUCUUAUGAUUGGUUGAAGGCUAUGCAUUGAUGUUAUCAUCACAAUUCUACA